UAUCGACAGAAACUGACUUUGCUGAGUACAUGAUAACACGUUUUGAGGACUUACUUGCUUUGGCUUCUAUCUCGCUCUCUCCGGAAGCACAUUGGAUUACUUUGCUGCAAGCACGCUGGGAGAGUCCGAUUUGGAAUUUACUUUUGGGGCGAUUCCUGUGGAUUAUAACCUCCAAACCUUUGAAUUCAAUAUGACACUGGAAGAACUGGUUGGAUGCAACAUCACCGAGACGAAAAUGGAGACUGUAAGUCAAGCAUUAGAAGAGCUGCUGGUCGCAGCACAGCGACAGGACUGCCUCACUGUAGGAGUCUACGAGUCCGCCAAACUCAUGAAUGUUGACCCAGACAGCGUGGUCCUAUGCGUGCUGGCCACGGACGAGGAAGAUGAGGACGACAUCGCCUUGCAGAUCCACUUCACCCUCAUCCAGGCGUUCUGCUGCGACAACGACAUCAACAUCCUGCGGGUGUCGGGUCUCAGGCGCCUAGCUCAGGUCCUGUGCGAGCCAAGCACCGCCGACAACAACGGCAACGAGCCCAAAGACCUGCACUGCAUCCUGGUCACGAACCCUCAGUGCCAGCCUUUCAAGUGCCAAGCUCUACAAGAGGUGGGGAGCUACUGUAAGGAAAGUCGCUGCAAGAACCAGUGGGUGCCCUACCUCUCCCUGCAAGAGCGCUGAACUGAAUUGCAUCCCACCGCCAGCCAGUUCGGGUUGGUUGUUGAGAUUGAGACAAGGAACGAGAACCGUCAUUCUUGAAGAAGAAUGAGAAGGGAGCUCGAGGAGGGCCGUGUGUGUCCGCUGACUGUGGACGGUAACGGGCUGUUCUGGACUGCUGCUUCGUCACGCGCGCUGCGCGGGGGCUGCGCCUGUGAGAGGAACGUUCCAGGGACAGCGCGCGACGUCACGCGCCUGCCCCGUCUGUUCAUCCGCAGAAAGGAAAAGUAGCCACGGUGGAGAGGUGGAACGAGAGUCGUGACGGGAGUUGCCGCUGCUGUUUUUUUGCUCAAAUAAGUCGUGUACAGAGCACGCGCAAGUGAGACUCGCAGCGGCGUGGGCGCGCGCCUUCGCUUUAUUUUUUUGUGUGUGGCAGAAAACUUUUACGCACCGUUGUUCACCCGAGACCUCAUAACUGGUCGCGUUGUAAAAGAAACCUUCGCCUUCAACUUGUGGACUGUAGCCUAUAGUCUGUUGUGGAAUGCGCCUUCUGUUCUCUGUGAACUGUUGGACUGUUGGAGUUUGAAAGCCGAUGAUGUGUGACAAGGAUCAGCACACGUGGAAUGCCACUGCUGAUGCAAGACUGAGACCGAAACGAGAAACAUGCAACAUGAAAUCCUCUUUGGUAUCGAAGCAAGGAAACUGCACAUAGCUUAAAUGAAAUGAAACGAAAUGAAUUGUCUGUUUAACUUAUUGCUCAUAACUUAACAAGAGUAAUAUAUAUGUAUCAUGCUCAGAAUUUUGCAAAUAAAUUAUUGAACUGAAACCUGA